AUGACGGAAACUUUUGAGCACAUUGACCGCAAGUCGUUAUACACGAACCUGGAAGCCCGGAUUGACUACUUACAUCGCUUUCUCGACUUUGAUGAGAAUGAUUUAGAAGCCUUAGCGUUUGGGUCCAAGUUUGUCAAGGACUUGAUCCCCGCCGUCGUACACAUCGUCUAUCAGAAGCUCCUUCAAUUCGACAUCACUGCUCGAGCGUUCCAAAUGAGAGACACCCGCUCCGAUGCGCCUUUCGAAGUGUCCAUUGACGAAAACAGCCAUGAGCUGAGGCAGAGAAAGAUGUUUUUGACAUCUUACCUCACGAAGAUCUGCUCUGAUCAAUCCAAAAUGGCCUUUUGGGAGUAUCUAGACCAAGUUGGAGCCAUGCAUGUCGGACUCAACCGGAGCAAGCCCUUGAACGUCGAAUACAUCCACAUUAGCGCCACUUUGUGCCUGAUCCAACAUGUCUUGACGGAAGCGAUUUUAUCACACAACGCCCUCCCGAUGUCCAAAAGAACGUCUAUGGUCAAGGCCCUGAGCAAGGUCAUCUGGAUACAAAACGAUCUCUUUGCGAAAUGGUAUGUGAGGGAUGGUGAGGAGUUUACUGGAGUACUGGGCUCUGCCGGAAGCCGUCCCGUAGCCGGCAAAGAAGCCGGCCAGCAGUCUUCAAUUCCAUCCGCUUGCCCCUUCAGCGGCAUAACAGAAAGCGUCCAGGAAAUGAAGGUGAGUGAUUAA